AUGGACGCUCUCAUUACAUCGCAAACUGAACUGUACGGGCGCAUCGCCCGAGCCAUCGACAACUUGAAGAAGCUUGGCUCGGCUAACAUCACCAUGGGUGUGGUCGAAGCACGAAUCAAGGCACUGGACUCGACGUGGUCGAAAUUCGAGUCACAGCACGACACGUUGACUCUCAAAUUCCCCGGAGAACUCGGUAAGUCGAGCUAUGCACGGGACAAUCUAUUCGAUCAGGCUGAGAUGAUCUACAUUACGCAGCGGGGUGCUCUGAUGGACUGGAUCGCCGACUUUCAAAGGGCGAGUCGGAGCACGGCGGUCGAGGCGUCAACCGCGCCGCCGGAGCGUAAUCAUCUCCCGCGGAUAAAUUUGCCUCAGUUCUCUGGAGCCGUCGAGGACUGGUUCUCCUUCAGGGCUCUCUUCCUAUCCGUGAUUAAUAAGCAGUCUACGAUCUCCAAUGUUGAAAAACUGCACUACCUGCGGACGUCUCUGAGGGGGGAAGCAGAUAAGUUGGUGCGCGAUCUUCCGGUGACCGGUGAUAAUUUCGAGAGGGCUUGGAACACCCUCAGCGAAUAUUACGAAAACAAGCGAGUGCUGGCGCGCGCCAACUUCGCCAGUUUCACGGCACUUCCGAAGCUGAAGAGCGAAUUGGCAGGCGAACUCCGUCGCAUCUUCCAAGGAAUGACGAGCACGGUCAACACCCAGGAGAGCAUCGGCCGUCCCAUAGCAGCCAAUGGAAUGGACCUCUUCGUGCAUCUUGUGGUUGAGCUUCUGGACGCAAGGACGCGGCGCGAUUGGGAGUCCGCCAUCAGCUCGACGGCCGAACCACCGAGCUAUGACGAACUGAGGAUCUUUCUCAUGGAAAAGAUUCGCACGCUCGAAGCAUUGGCACCGGCUAAGGUCGGAACCGAAGGUCCCGCCAGCGCGACCAAAACGAGCACCCCCCGCGCCGCCAAGUCUCACCAUGUCAAACAAGGACCAGGAGUGGGGGGCUGCGCCUAUUGCAAGGGUUCUCACUUCGUGAUGUCAUGCAGCGAGUUUCGAGCGAAAACGCCGAGUGAGCGACUCGCAAUAACCGCCACACACAAACUGUGCACAAACUGUCUCGGGAAUUAUGCACUGGCCAAGUGUCCGUCGACAAAAACGUGCAUCUUGUGCAAUGCCAAGCACCAUUCGCUUCUCCAUGGAGCACCUGCAACAACCCCUCCUGCGAUGAGCGGGGCCACGUCGCUGGCGGCGACGCGGCGGGAUGAAGACCAUAGGGCCAUUCUGCUGGCCACUGCGCGACUCAAGGUCAACGAUAUCCAUGGCUUGCCUCACGAUGUGCGAGCGCUGAUUGACCAGGGUUCGGAGGUGUCAAUCAUCUCCGAGGCGCUCGCUCAGCGCUUGCGACUGCGGCGAACCAAGACGGCCUUCACGAUCUUUGGUGUCGGACCCAGCUCCAGCCAUGCUCGGGGCAAGGUCACGUUACAAUUGAUGUCGGCGGUGACCGGAGCCAAGGUCUCCGCUGUUGCUGUGGUGCUGCCGCGGCUGUCGUUGUACCGGGACAAAACGGACCGAAGAUCCACCUCAUGGCCACAUCUCCGUGGCCUACCACUGGCGGACCCGGAGUUCAUGGCCAACGAUCCCGUGGAGCUCCUCCUCGGGGCUGAAGUGUAUUCCAACAUUCUCGAGGACGGGUUGUGCAGGGGCAGUCCAAGCGCGCCCAUCGCUCAGUGCACCGUCCUCGGGUGGAUCGUGUCCGGCGGUGUGAGCUCGGCGACCGGUGGCAGCCCUAUUUCGUGUCAAUGCACUGUCGAUCAGGAGCUCACCAGACUUGUGCAUCAGUUUUGGGAGCAGGAAGCUGAACCCCGGAGGCCCGCGACCCUGACUCCGGCGGAACAGCAAUGCGAAGACCUAUUUUUGCGAACGCACUCAAGAGCGCCAUCCGGCCGCUACAUGGUGCGGUUACCGCUGAGGGGGCAACCUGCCAGACUCAGCGAGACGCGACGACCUGCCGAGCGCAUCCUCAGCGCCAUGGAAGGUAAGUGCGCUCAUUCCGACCAAUUCGGAGAGUUGUACCGGGCGUUCAUGAGAGAGUAUGAGGAUCUUCAACACAUGACCGAGGUGCCACCGGCCGUCGAGGGCCGAGCCGUGUGCUAUCUUCCCCACCACGGAGUCCUUCGACGGGUGGGCUCCACUGCCAAGUUGCGUGUGGUGUUCAAUGGCUCGCAGGUGCUUCGCGAUGGUGAGUCGCUGAAUUCUUUGCUGCUCGUGGGCGCAAACCUAUUGCCGGCUCUAGCCGAUGUCAUCCUCCGGUGGAGAUGGCAUCGGUUUGUGGUUGUGAGCGAUGUCGAGAAAAUGUACCGACAAAUUCUCGUGCGUCCAGACGACCGCGAUUACCAGCGUAUCUUGUGGCGGCGCAGUGCGAACACCGACGUGCGCGAGUUCCAAUUGAACACCGUUACGUACGGUCUCGCGUGUGCGCCCUUUUUAGCCAUUCGAACACUUAGACAGCUGGCCAGCGACGAACAGCAGAGAUUUCCUAAGGGGGCGAGCGCUCUCCGGCGGGAUUGCUACGUCGACGACAUCCUGACCGGCGCGAGCACCAUCAGCGACGCGAUUGCGAUCCAGCAGCAGGUGCGCGGGUUGUGCAUGGCGGGCGGCUUUCCUCUGCGAAAGUGGGCGACCAACAAGGAAGAAGUGCUCGAUGGAGUUCCUCCCGAGCACCGAUUGCAGCGAAGUGAUCUUGCAUGGGAACCAGAGUGGCACUCAACUCUCGGCCUGCGCUGGCACCCUGCCGAGGACUGCUUCAGCAUAAAACUAAAUCCCAGCAAUAUCACUCGCUUUACCAAGCGCACGGUUCUUGCGGAAACAGCGCGACUAUUCGAUCCGCUUGGAUGGCUUGCUCCGGUGGUGGCCCGUGCGAAGAUUCUCAUCCAAUCUGCGUGGCUGCAACAACUAGACUGGGAUGCACCCUUGCAUUCGGCCGAAGCGAAGGAGUGGCGGACCUUUUUCGAGGAGCUUCCGCUGCUCCGAGAUAUUCGAGUUCGUCGUUGGCUCGGCAGCGACAUCGACGGGGCGUGCGUCGAGAUUCACGGCUUCUCGGACGCGUCCGAGCGUGGUUUCGCGGCCGUCGUUUAUCUUCGCGGCACAGAUCGGCACGGACUGUCGCUUUCGUUUCUCCUGGCGGCAAGGACGAGGGUCGCGCCCGUGAAGCAGGUCUCGCUGCCGCGACUCGAACUGUGCGCGGCCGCGUUGCUGGUAAGGCUAACGCACCACGUGCAAGAUACUCUGGGGCUGACAACGGCUCCAACUCAUCUAUGGUGCGACUCUACCGUGGUUCUCCAUUGGAUUCGAGGCCAUCCAUCGCGGUGGAAAACGUAUGUCGCGAACCGCGUGUCGCACAUACAGCAACGCCUACCGAACGCGACGUGGCGCCACAUUCCGGGAAAGGACAAUCCCGCCGAUUGUGCCUCGCGGGGCGUCUCACCGCGAGACAUGCCGCGCCACGCAUUGUGGUGGACGGGGCCACCUUGGCUCAUCGAGCCCGCGGCCUCGUGGCCAAGCGAACCGAUCGCCGGACCGGAUUGCUCGCUCCCGGAGCAGCGCGCCGUCGCGAGCGCUGCGACCCUUGCCGUGGUUGCGGAGCCAGACCUGCUUCUGCGAUUUUCGUCGUGGACCCGCCUUCUCCGGGUAACAUCAUGGUGCUUACGCUGGCGCGGCUCCAAGAUGAAGCGCACCGACCCGUUCCUCCACGCGGAGGAAAUAAAGGACGCGGAGCGCAGGUGGUUCCGCAUAACUCAGCAGCUGCAUUACGCAGCGGAAAUAGCCGCUAUGAAGCGGGAAGGACCGCUGCCUCAUCGCAGCCAAUUAGCCAAUCUGCACCCAUUUCGAGGCCCCGACGGAAUCCUGAGAGUGGGAGGCCGCCUCAAGCACUCGCUGCUAGCAUAUGACGAGAAGCACCCCAUUAUCGUCCCUCCGGCAUCGCAGCUCACCAAACUCCUGGUUGAGCAUCAUCACCGUCGCACCCUGCAUGGGGGAGUGCAACUCACAUUGGCUGCGGUCCGGCAGGCGCACUGGAUUCCUCAAGGAAGAUCAGUGGUCAAGGGCGUUAUAAACCGAUGCAACACGUGCGUGCGUUGGCGGGCGGCCGCUCCGCAACCGCCGAUGGGCGAUCUGCCGGCGUCGCGAGUCACCCCUGCGCGCCCAUUCAGUCGCGUCGGUGUCGAUUACGCCGGUCCUAUUCUCAUGCGUACGACCAAAGGGCGAGGCCACAAGGCGCACAAGGCUUUCAUCGCGGUCUUCGUGUGCAUGAGCACUCGCGCGAUCCAUAUCGAAGCGGUUUCGGAUUACUCUGCCGAGGCGUUUCUCGCGGCGUUCCGUCGGUUUGUUUCGCGGCGCGGGCUUCCGAGCGACGUUUUUAGCGACUGCGGCACUAAUUUCACCGGCGCAGACCGACAGCUGCGGAUCCUUUUCAGCGCAUCGGCUCCCGACGGCCGGCACGUCGCUGAUCGCGCGGCAACGCUCGGAAUACGGUGGCACUUUAAUCCCCCCUCUGCGCCGCAUUUCGGAGGCAUUUGGGAAGCGGCCGUUAAGUCGAUGAAACACCAUCUCCGACGAGUCAUCGGCGACGCGACACUAACGUUUGAGGAGAUGUCCACGUUCCUCGCGCAGGUAGAAGCGUGCCUGAAUUCGCGGCCGCUGCAAGCGCAAUCGGACGAUCCCACCGAUUUCGGGGCGCUUACCCCGGGGCACGCUCUCACUGGCGCUCCACUCAUAGCCGUGCAGGAGCCGCUUAGCGAUGCGGCCGCGUCUCCCGGGACGCGGUGGCAGCAUCUCCAAAAAAUGCGGGACCACUUUUGGCAGAGAUGGUCUCACGAGUAUUUGCAAGGCUUAACGGCGCGAUCGAAGUGGCUGAAAUCCACCCAGGCGCCCCAGAUGGGCGCGCUAUGCCUCAUAAAAUCCGAGACCUCGCUGCCAACCAAGUGGCCGCUCGCUCGCAUUGUUGAAAUGCACCCGGGGACCGAUGGGAUCGUCCGAGUGGUGACGGUUCGCACCGCGACCACCGAACUUGUGCGCCCGCUCGUGAAAAUCGUUCUGCUGCCCGGGGCGAACGAAAAUCUCGGGCCAGCAAAUGAUCAACAUUGA